GCUUCCCGUAGUUUCGGGAGCCGGCGCGCGUUGCCGCGGUGACUGGUGGGAGAUUUGUACCUCCACGGUGGGUGGAAGUUUUGUUGCGUGUUUGCGCGCAGUGUCUCUCCGCAACAACAACAAAACAAAAAAAAACCAUGGCGCUCAACUUCCAGACAUCCACCCUUUCUCUGACUCUGCCCAUUUCGUGCCAGAUAUGCCUCGGAAAGGUCAGGCAGCCGGUCGUCUGCGCCAACCACCACGUGUUCUGUUCGUCCUGCAUGGAAAUGUGGUUGAAGAAAACCAGCCAGUGUCCCACCUGCAGAGUCCCCAUCACACCAGAGAACCCCUGCAGGGAAAUCAUCGGGGGCACAAAUGAGAGCGAUCACCAGGAUAGUCUCUCCAUGAGGAAAUGUCUAAGAAAAACCAGAGGAGAGCUUCUUUUGCGGGAGUAUGAGGAGGAAAUUGAAGGGCUCAUCAGAGAAAACGAGGAGCUGAAAAUCAAAAAUCAAAGUCUGGAGUCCCAGCUGAAGACAGCUUUGGACCCUUGCAGCAUUAACGGAUUGCACACAGACGACAAACAAGACAACCCCUAUGUCCUGGAAGAAUGGACAAACAAGCUGCGAGCUGCUACCGAUGUUUGUGAGAAAGUAAAGCAGGACAUGAAUAAGCUAAAAGAGGCAAACAAGGCAUUAAGAUCUCAAAAUGUCGAUCUUGUGCAAGAGAAUAUGAGAUUGAAAAGCGAGGUGGCAAGCAGAUCUCCCCAGAAGUUUGGUCGAUGCACAGUCGCAGCACUGGAAGCUAAAAUCCAGCAGCAUGAGCGAGAUGUGGACCACUUGAAGAGGGCUCUGGAGCGCAGCGACCAGUACAUCGAAGACCUGGAGUCUCGGGUGAGGAAGUCAGAGAAGAGGGGUCCCGAUAGACAGGAAGCGUGUAAAAACGGCAUGGCUGAGUCCGAAACGCUCUCCCAGCAACACAAAAUCAACAUGAUGAUGAGAAGCUUGAGUGACAAUGAGAGGGAGUCGAUCUGCAGCAAUCCAGUGGUAGAAGGUAAAACCUUUUCUCGCAAUCCCAGUUUGAUGUUCAUGCCAUCUGCAGAGCACAAAGAGACUAAUAAGAAUCCGACUGGAAACCAGAAAAACAGGGAUUUGGAAAGCACCUUGGCCGACAUUUUGCCCAGCACUCCAUCCUCGGCCUUCCGGUCGCUGACCCUUAGAAGCCCUGGCGUCCGUGAAAAGAAAGUGGCAUUUAAACCAGUGUCUUACCUGAGGAGACUCGAUUUUGAGGAAUUUCCGAGCCCCGACAAGAGCAGCAGCACCACGGAGAACCAAUUUGGCAGGCUUAACAAAUUCGCCAAUGGCUCGUCCGCAGAUCCCGACGUGGAACCCUCAAAGUCCGUCUUCUGGGUCGAUUGGCAGAGUUCAAAAUCUAACGGCGAGUCGUGUCCUGGUCCAACUGAAGACGGCUCGAUUGAAGAAGCCGCAUCCAGCACUCUGGAAGGCGAUGAGUCGGGUGGUUUUGAUAUUUCCAGCGAGGCGUCCAUGGAUGCCGCAUACCUGGACAAAAUCUCCGAGUUGGACUCCAUGAUGUUGGAUGGAGAGAGUUCCAGUAGCCGGGGGUCACAGCUCUCGCUGGCCUCCUCCCCUCAUGUAAACUUGGAAAACACUCUGGUCCCAGAAGCCAAAACGCGCUCGGGUGUCUCGUCAAGGGGCGGCGGCGAACACGCGACGCCGUGCGACCAGAAGAAGCACUCGCCGCUAAACAACACAGGAGGCACCUCGAGGGAUCAAGAGGCCCCAAAAGGCUCGGCAGAGAAAAGCGCGCUGGUGCCGGAUGGGAAGAGUGGAGGCCACGCCCCCUACGGCGGGCCCCCUCACGCCGACGAACUGUCUUUCGAUUUGCUGUUUGAUUCCCUGGACGAGAACCAGGCCGGCCCCUCCGGCUCUCUGAGCCCGGCAAGCCAAGACCAUGACCAUGUGAACUCGUCCUUCUCGUCCCCCGGCCGCACCGGUAAACCCGUCAACGCAACAAGAGAGAGACAAGCGCUGAACACCAGCCAGCCGACAAAGAGGAAGUCUCACAGUCCCUUUAACACAAGCAGUCCCACGAAGCUUUCAAAGCUCAUGUGAAGGUUUUUAGCCUGUGUGCCGCUUGUCUCCAUCAGGCUUCAAAACCCCAUGUGGAUCGAACAUUAACUCCACCUUUCUGCAUAACGAAUCUGCGAAUGUGAUGGAUUCGUCUAAGUUAUUGUCCGUUUGUAUAAAUUGAGACAAAAUAUGAUCGUUUCCUUUUGUGUAUUCCACUCGUAGUGCUCCGAUGCAGUUAAAUGCCCUUAAGGCAGCAGUCUGGGAUUCUGUACUCUUUGUACGGCUGCAACAGUUUAGGUGCUGAGACAUUUGUCAAACAUACUUUCAGUCUACUUGUGUGUGUGUGCUUUGUCCUUUUCAUGUUAUUCAGUAAACAUGGUCCAUGUGGUAAUCUCGUUAUGAUGGUACACAAUACUGAAGACGGAACUAUCAUGUGAAAAUGGAUAUUUUGAAAUGAAUAUUGCAGUUCAAGAGUUUGUUAGAAAAUAAAGUAGUAACGCAAGGAGAAUAAAUGAAUGACUUGCCUUUU